AAAUGAGAUGCCUGAAAGGCCGCAAAAGGGAGGUCUCGAUUUCUCAGUCUUAUUUCAAAAUAUAAGUGAAAUAAAGCAUCAAAAUAAAUCAAAAUGACUGAGAUCAGUAAUAUUAUGUAUUUUAAGUGUUAUUAAUAGUAAAAAUAAAUUGUGAUCAAAGGUACUGCUUCUCACACUCUUGAAUAUUUCUACAUUAUGUUUAGUGGAUUUACAUUUUCCGGCGACGCAGUCAAAUAUGGCGACUACCAUUGAUUCUCUAGCAAUACCUGCUCGCAAAUUUCGGAGAUUUCACAAACGGAAUAACGAAGCAACAAAUAUUAUCUAAUCAAAAGGAAGAACUGUGUUUUCGCCAAUUUUGCAAAAUGUAUCGUGCAUUGUAUGAUUACCAGAGCAGUUUGCCUGGUUAUUUAUCGUUCAAAGCCGGUGACCAGUUUACGGUCAUCGAAAAGACAAAUGAUGACUGGCUUCUGGCACAAAAUGGAAUUGGACAAGUGGGAUUUGUACCUCACAAUUAUAUUUCUGGGACAAAGGAAAAGUCCGCAGCUGUGCUAAAAUUCGUUGAUGGUUCAAUUGAGGCAAUUCACCUUCAAGCAGCAAGUGAAGGGGGCCACUACACCCAUGAUCAACGUGACAAUCUCCAGAAGAUGAUUAAACAUAGAAGUGACCUGGCCUUUUACUUCCAGUCAAGACCACCCUUGGAAAAAUCACAGUCUAUGGGUUGUACUUUUCCAACUUCACCAAAAAGAGCUGCCCCAGCUCCACCUCUUUCAGGAGCACUCAGACAGUUAUCAGAAAUCCAAACAAUUGCUGAAUCAGCCUCCAAAGAGGGUUUACAGGAUGAAAAGACAAGUCCUGUGUCUGACAGAAAUGAAUCUCCUGAAUUUCCUCCCCCACCAUCUCCAACAAGUGAGGCUGCUGACUUCAGCUACCAUUCAGCCCAAGUAGGCAAGGAUGCCAUCCAGGAAUCCAGUGUUAAAGAGGACAUUCUUAAUCAAUCGAAUACUGAUUCACCGUAUAAAACAUCACAAUCAGUAACACAGGUAACUUCUGAAGGUGACUUACUGAAGUCUGCAUCAAAACCUCUGGAUGUCUUUUCAGUGCCAGAGAAGAUAGGACCAGAACUUCUUGAAGAAGUUCGUAGAAAUACUGGACUUAGCUAUGAGAAAUCAAAGAUAGCACUUGAAACAGUAUUAGGAUAUGUUGGAUUCCAAAUUCCAGAGCUAGAAAUGGUAAUGGAUCGUAUUCUGACAACAUUUCGGAUUGAGAGAGACAUCUCUGAUGAAGACAUUAAAAGCCACGAUGCCCAGCAACUAACUGUAAUCUUUGAGGAGCUCACUGCCUGCAAAGAAGACUCACAACAGCGCAGCUUGGCUUUGCAUGAAGAUGAGGCUGUUAUUUAUGAGUAUCUGGAAGAACUGCUAUCCAUUCUAGAAAAUGCCAAACCAUCAAUAUGCCGAAAGGCUAUUGCUAGAGACAACUAUGAUAUUCUCCACAGCCUUGUUCAGUACUACCAAAUGUUACGUACGUGAGAUGCUGGGAGCCCUGACAUCAUCAGGGUUGGUGCAGCUUGCGGAGGGUACAGGAGGGACAGGAGGCGGCCUACCUGGUGGCCCCGGAGCACCAGCGGGUCCUGAAGAAGGUGGCAUGUGACGCCCUCAUCAUCUCCGAUGUGGCCAGACAGUUCUCCAGCGUCAAGCCGUGCGUAGCCCGCGAUGGGCCUGAGAGUGCGCAGUACCAAGGUGACUACGAGAGGAUGCUGGAUGCCCUGGGGUCUGAGAACAACGAGGGCAUCCUCCAGAGCAUCCUGGCUGCCACCCCAUGUCUUCAGGAACGUCUGGAAAAUGCCGAAAGCAGCAAAGUUUGAUCGAGUCCUCAGUAGUGGCCGUGGACGGGGACGUGGAAGGGGAAGGGGACGGGGGCGUGGACGUGGUGCGCAGCAGGCGUCCCCCCAGCAGGCUUCCCCCCAGCAGGCAUCCCCCCAGCAGGAGUCCCCCCAGCAGCAACGCCGAGGCCCCUACGUCGUUCCUCAGAUACGGCGAGACACGGCUGGGGAUUCAGCAACAGCGGGAGAUGGUGUGGGGGAUGUUGCAGCCGCAGCCCCCGCAACAGUAAGGGCCAUCCCACACAUCCCACAGCCCACAGCCAGGCCGGAAGAGGAUCUUCCCGGCCCUCAACCAGCCGGCCCGGACCCCAACCAGCCGGGCCGGACCAGCCGGGCCCUCAACCAGCCAGCCCGGCCCCUCAACCAGCCGGCCCGGACCCCAACCAGCCGGGCCGGACCAGCCGGGCCCCUCAACCAGCCAGCCCGGCCCCUCAACCAGCCGGCCCGGACCCCAACCAGCCGGGCCGGACCAGCCGGGCCCCUCAACCAGCCAGCCCGGCCCCUCAACCAGCCGGCCCGGACCCCAACCAGCCGGGCCGGACCAGCCGGGCCCCUCAACCAGCCAGCCCGGACCCCAACCAGCCGGGCCGGACCAGCCGGGCCCCUCAAGGCCCGAACCAGCCGGGCCUCCAUUGGACAGCACUUUAGUUACAAUUAAUGGGUGGAUGGAAUAUUUAAGUUCCACGCCAAAGAUGGAAUUGCAGAAGCUGUUAAUUGAUACAGCAUUCAACUUUGUCCGCCCAUAUAUGCCCAAUUUGUAAUUUAAUACCUUUACAUUUUUCCCCUUUUGCGUUCAUUUUUCUUAAAUUUUUUUUUUACAUUUUUUUCUAAGUGUACUAAUUAAAGUAGGUGCCACAAUUUUUUAAAGAAACAAAAUGUCAUUUAAAAGACCGGGAAAAGUUUCUGCAUUCCAAGUUCCGAGGGAAGAACAAAGAAAAUGCAGGCAAACUUGAUCUUACAGAAGUUCUAAUUAUAGAGCAAGAUCCAGCAGUUAUGAUUCUCAAGCAGCGAGAGAAGUCUGAGUAGUGAUAGACUGCUGCAUGAUGACUACGAAAGAUAGAGACUGAGAGGUCACAGAAAUCAAGAAGGAGGUAGUGACAGCCACUUUCUUAAUAUGACCACCAGUUACAGUGAAGGAAGAGAGUGAUUGCUAGAACAUAACUCUAAGAGAUCCACAAAAACCAUGCCGCACAGCAGUGAAAACAGUGACAGCUGCAAUCGUAGUCAGUAUCCAGGCAGAGAUAAGUUGGAGAGAAACCACAGCAGCCAAUGUAAAGAAGAGGGUUAUGGAGAUGUAAGAAGAAGUGAUCAUCACAGAACAGUCCAAGAGGAGAACUACUUGGUGGUUGAUGUUCGUCAAGAGAGAAGCCGACAGUGGAAUUCAGAUCAGUAUUCUGAUUCUGAUGAAGAACUGCUUCAUGAAAGUUUAAGGCGUAAGAAACUCGCCCAUCCAUAUUUUUCAGAAGAGGAUGAUAAGAGUUGGUCACCUGAUAGAUACAGUUUGGAAAAGAACAAUUAAGAGAAAAUGCGUAAGAGAAAACUGAAGGGAAGUAACAGGCAUGACUCUCCAGGCCCUUCACGCUCUUCUAAGGUCUGGAAGCAAGACAUGAGCUGUGGAUCCUCUGCUGUCAGAAAAAGUGAAGAACCUGACUCAGAAGGAGAAAAACAUUUAAUAUCAAGCCAGGUUCCCAAGAAAAAAACCAAAUCUAGAAAAAAUUUUAAAGGGAAGGAGAAAAAACAAAAUACCUCUAUGUCAAAUAAUGCACAAGUUACAGGGUUGAAACUUGGUCAGAAGGGAAAAAUCCCAUCAUUGAUGGAUUUAGAAUUCCCACCAUCUAUCUCGGCAAGAAACUUGGAAAAGGGUCCUGCAGAUGUCCAGCCAAACUACAGCAGUACUUCCCAUGGAGAUAAGCAUGGACACUUUACUGAUGCAGAAUUUGAUGAUAGGUCUAGGUCAGAGUACAGGAGUCAAAGUGAGAGUGGUGCAGAGGUGCAAGCAGGUUUCCGGGUGCAUGACAGAGACACUAGGCACUUGGAGAGCCACACACGUAAAAGUGGUGGGGAACGCAGGUUGCUACCUUCCGAGUAUGAUAUUGAACACCGUUGUCCUGAUUAUGUAGAUUAUGAUGGCCAGUGGGAUAACAUACGUUGCGGAAACUAUGAGGCGGACUAUAGACACUAUGAGCAAGAUGAUUCUGUUAGCAGCCGAAGGAACAAGCAUGGCUACAUUGAUCAAGAUGCUCCUAGAGGCAACACUGGCAGGCUUGUGGACAGCCGGUCACCAGAUUUUCACAGGCACAGUGACAGUGAUCAAGACUCUGACCAAGAUGGCACCAGAAGAUCAUGGAGGGAAGAAAAACGAAGUCGGCAUUCUAAAAGGAAGGAUGAGAAGUCUGUAGAUGAUGAAGCAAAGGUGAAGGCUACAAAAAAUGUUCUUAAGAAGGACAUAAGACAUUCGGACAGGAUGAGCUCCUUGAAGAAAAGUGAAAAAAGUCAAUCAGGGAAACCAUCUUCUGAUUGUGUGGAGGAUGCUGACAGCAACAGUCAGGCCUGACGAGAGGGGGGGAGGGGUCUGGUGUACCCAGGCCCGCGGCUGUCAAGGGGGCCAGGCUUUGGUCAGUCUGAGACUCAGAUUGUAAAAGUACAAGGGGCCCGGAGAGAUCGUCUGUCCCGGGGCCCGGGCUGGCUCUCGGCGGCCCUGGCAACAGUGACAACAAGAAGGGGGGUUUGGAAGCAGCAGUCAGAGUUGCUGUAAAAGCAGGGAUUCCUCAGUGGCAGACUUCGAGUCUGCUUUUGUUCCUAGACAAGCGUGACACCCCUUUCACCCCCGAAAAGUUCUUCUACGACACCAUCUGCCUGGACUACUGCGGGGCGCCGGGUCCUCUCUACGUCACCUUCACGGCCGCUGCCUGGAGCUUUGGUUACAUCCUCCUCUUUCUCCUCUUUGUCUUUGUCGUCGUCAUGGCCUUCGGCGACGCCUACAGCGUGUCCUCCACCAACCAGCUUCUGGCUACAGCUGCCGGAGGCUUCGUUCCUUUCCUCUUCCGCUACGUCUUCAAGUCCCCGGACCCCCCGUCCUUGCGAACGGACAGCGUGCAGUUUCAAUCACAGUUCCAUCAGGCCAUCAAUCGCUACGCACAGAACUGGCCCGUGUACGACCUCAUCCCCACCCAGUUCCGUGAAAUAAGCCUCGCGGACAUCAUCGUCCGCAACAGCACGCAAGAGGUCACCAGGUCAAACCAUGACCCGCACGUGCUACCCGAUAUAGAAUCUGUAUCCAGCGAGGGAGAAGAUUUCAUCGACGUUCACAUGUCCAACGAGGCAACGUCAAACGGAAACGACGACGAAGGUUUUGAUAUGAUUAUUGACGUUUCAGCGGAAGACUCGAGAUGCCACGGGUCGUUUGAUACCCAGCUCGGCAUGCUGGGUAAUCUGAGAAACCUUCGUCCAAGUUCGUCGUGCUUCAGUGGUCUCAUAUACAGACCUCGUAAUUCUAGUAAAGGCAAGGUUAUUGAGGUUUAAAUAAGUGGGUUUAGGUUUUAUACAUCGUGUAGAAAAUACCUGUGGGGACAUUGAUAAAAGGCCCUUUCUGAGGUCAGCAAACUCCCAGCCGUUAUAAACAUGAAUUUACUGUUAACCACCCCAUCGGCCUUUCCUCUUCUUCUUAAAUCCACACACACUGUGUCGGAACAAAGCUUCACAGUGUUUGUUAUCUGUUCCUUCUUUAAUAAUGAUUUUGCAGAUGAAUAGUAGCAUUAAAAAGAUGACAGCUAAUAUAUCACAGCUGUUGAGAUAUAUUUUUUUAACAUCACUCUACCCUCAGACAAAUUUAUUAAAUUUCUUAAAUUCACAAACUUCUGACAGAGGUAUUUUCAUUUAGUUACAUUUACAGAAAAAAAGGACAAGUACGCUGGCGAACGAAGAGAUGACAUGUAAAAAAAGAAAAACAUGCUAGUCUGGUUAGAGGAGAAACUUAACUAGUGUUACUGGCAUUUGGGAAAAGAAACAAUUUUGGAUGCUGUCUUUUUCAAUCUAGUUAUUAUUGUGAUAUUAGAUUAAAAUUUUUACUGCUGUUUUAGUCUUCAAAAGAAAAUUAAGCUAUCGAAGAGAAGUCCAGAGUACAAUUUUCUGACUACUCCUACAAGAAAUAAUAUUAUUUUAACAUUGACAGUGUUGUGGCUUAAGCAUCUAUAUAUCCACCCAGCUAUUCAUCCAGCGAUUUGUCCACCUGUGUCUUCAGCUGUCUAUUCAGCGAUCUGCCUAGUGAUCCACAAUCAGGAUUGUUUGCGAGCAGCCACAACCAUCGGCUCAGUCAUCUGCUCAACUACUGACUCAACGAUCAUUAACCCAUCUACCACUUCAAUCAUCCCAAGAACCAUCCUGACAGCCUGUUGCUUCGCAUUCGUGGCCACCGACACAUGAGCUUGACUUUUGACUUUUGAGUUUCAACACCAACAUCCAUCACUCGUCAAGACAUCAGUCACCUGCUACAACAACCUCACGGUCAGGAGGAACCCAGAAUAAUGACAAUGACCCGAGUCUCCUUGACCCAGGUCGCUUCCCGCAGGACACUGUCCUAAAACAUUCAUUAUCAUCAUCAUCUGCGUUUAGUUUUUUUUCUUCUUGUUUUUAGAAAUUAAAUGUGUUAAUCGUU